UAGACCGAUACUUACAUCCUGUGGAAACCACGGAGGGGACAGGAGGGGCUGGGGUCUACAAGAGCAGAUCUUCUCUCACCAGACGGCUUAGCUGCGUCACUUGCCUGGGGAUGAGACCUGCGUAAUAUCGUCAGCCAUGAGAAGUGUGGACUCCUGUUUUCCUUGACUUUUCUUCACCUUGAAGGACAGCAAAACGGAUCCUGGUUGUUAACUGCCCACCUCCUCGGCCUUGGGACAGUGAGAAAAGUUCAACGUUGCUUAUGGUAGGAGUGAGGGAACUGGGGCUGGUUCACAGCAGGCUUACAUAUUAAACCAUCGUAUCAAAGGCGAGCCGCAGUCUGACAAGAAAUGUAACCUGAGGAGAAAGGACACUGGUGCGUUUGAGCACGCUGAGGGAUUCUUGCAUGACCUGUCACUCUUUCAGUGCUGUAGCCUGAGCAGGUCUUACUGGUUUUUGCUGAGGUGGUGGGAGCUGAAUGGGGUGUGGGCUCAUUUCUAUUCGUCCACAGACAUCUCCGCAAUCUUCUUUUCUCUUUUUUAAUUCCCCCCUGGAUAUAAAUCAGAGAAAUAGUGUCCAUCAAGUUUGCUGCCACCUGGACUCAACCCACCUGAAUCAGUUUUGGAGGAUACCCUUGCGGCAACCUUCUGGACGUGCUCCUAGGAGGAGAAGAAGCUAAAGUGAUUUGGCAUCAUUGCUGUAGUUUGAGGAAAAAAAUUUCUUUCGACUUUGAAGAGAGCUACGAGGAGGAUCUGUGUGAUGGCCUGAUCCCCCCCAUUUGCCUUGCUGAGCAUGGGGUAAUGGUGUUUGACCAUGGUGGUCACCCAGUUACAGUUGGAACUGUGCUUCCAUGGCAAGAAGCUGAGAGGUUUCACCUGCAAGUUGACCAGGUCAGCCAGUGGAUUUUUCCCAGAGACUUCAUUCUCCAUUGCCUCCCAGAUUUUCGUGCCGUUCCUCCUGGCUGGCUUGGGCAUGGUAGCUGCUGGCCUCUUGAUGGAUGUUGUUCAACACUGGGAAGUGUUUCGGACAAUUACGGAAGUUUUUAUCCUGGUUCCUGCCUUGGUUGGCCUGAAGGGUAAUCUGGAGAUGACUCUGGCAUCCAGGCUCUCUACUGCUGCUAACACUGGACAGAUGGAUGAUGCCCAGAAGCAAUGGAAAAUGGCCACCUGCAAUUUAGCCCUUAUCCAGGUCCAAGCCACCGUGGUGGGACUUCUGGCUGCUGUUGCUGCUGUGAUCCUCGGAGCCAUCUCCAAGGGCUCUGUGGAGCUGAGCCAGGCUGCCGUGCUGUGUGCCAGCAGUGUGACCACGGCCUUCAUAGCUGCACUUUCCCUUGGUCUGGUGAUGAUUGGUGUGAUCAUCGGAGCAAGGAAAGUUGGGAUCAAUCCAGACAAUGUCGCCACACCCAUAGCAGCAAGCCUUGGAGACUUGAUAACCCUUUCCCUGCUGGCAGGAAUCAGCAGUACACUCUUCAAAUACAUAGAUAUGAAAUAUCUUUCUCCUCUGAUCUGUGUUGUCUUCAUUGUCAUGAUCCCUCUCUGGGUUGCUAUCGCCAAGCAAAGCCCUUCCCUUGCCGAAGUCCUGAAAUCUGGAUGGCAGCCGGUCAUUGUUGCAAUGAGCAUCAGCAGGUGUUGGAGGGAAUUUGGUCGCCAUCCAGGCCAGCCGUAUUUCCACAUUCCUGCACUUCUGGAGCAUGCCUGGAGUUUUGCCAUACAAGAUGAGGCAGAAUUGGCCAAACCCAUGCACCACAUUCUUCUCCUCAGAGGUGAAUUCCAAGUCAGCCCGAGUCCUGUUCUUCCUGGUUAUCCCAGGGCACCUCGUGUUCCUCUACACCAUCCAUCUGCUGCAGGGAGGCCACACGUCUCUGUCCUUCACCUUUGUGAUGUUCUAUCUGACUGCUGCUUUGCUGCAGGUAAACCCCAAGCUCUCAUCCAAGAGGAACCUCUCAGAUACAGUGAAAACAAAGCAGUCUCCAGGCUAAACAGGAGGCAUGGUAAAACUUCCAACAGCAGCCCAUGUUUCCAGUCAUUUCAGGUGGGAAUCCUGCUCUACGUGGCUGACCUAAUUGUGCGCCUGAUGUGGAGGAAGGCGCUGGAUCCGGAUAAUUUCUCCAUCCCCUACCUCACUGCCCUGGGGGAUCUCCUGGGCACCGGAUUCCUGGCCGUCUGUUUCCGCCUGGUUUGGCUUGUCCAUGGUGCAGACAUGAACCUGGGGAACUGAGAGACCAUGCGUUGCUCCACAUUAUUUGUGCAACACAGUGCUUUCCUCUUGGACAACGGGGUACUUGGCGAUGAGCGCUGAGUCACCUGGCUGGAUUGGGCCUCCCUUGCCGCCCCCAACGCCCCAUCUCUCCUCCCCGUCGUGCCUUACAGCUGGGCUCACCCGCCCCCAGGAAUCAGCACCCACAGACUUGCGCCCUCGCAAGUGAGCAAGCCGGUUUUAAGCAGUGCCCACUGCUCACACCUGUGCCCGGCAAACAAGGCGUGAAGGAGAUUUUGGGCCAUUUGUGAUGAGUGAGCAUUUUGAUCGGUUUGAGUCUCUAGCACCAACAUGGCCAGCAAAGCCUGCCGAGGUCACUGCAUCCGAUUCUGCAAGCGGAUGUCGCAACCUCUUCAUCGGUCUCUGACUUCCCAUCAAGGGAAAUUUUUUAUUCGCCCCCCUUUUCUCUCUCGUCGCGUCCCUGGAGGAGGAGAGCAAUCAGGUCUUUAAACUUGGCUUCUCUCCAUCGCUCAGACGCUCAGGAUCUGAUGCAGUGAGCUCCUUGCUGGCUCACGCCCAGUGGGAGGUUAUCUAAGGACACCACCUACCUGCCCUGGCAGUGUCACUAAUGUCUGACUGACAAGCUGGACUGAUGGCAUUUUCGGGUAGGAAGGUUUGUUUUUACAGUUUAUGAAAUGUCCAGUAGUUAAAAUGUUUAUAGAAACAUACACACA